UUACCCAUGAUUUUAUUGAACUGUACUUUGAGAGUCGUCAAAAUGGUGGGGGUCCUGUGGAGAAGGUUCACCAUGUUCCUAAAAGUAGUCAAGCUGUGGUUGUGUUUCAAGAUGCAAAAGAUAUGGAAAGAGUGUUAACCAGACAUGAAGAGAAACCUUAUGAGAUUGAACAAACCCAGCUGUCAAUUAGAGCUUACCGAGAGUUUCUAGAAGACGAAGACGUUGAUGGAGCGGAGGAUUCCGGUGACUUAGGAGCUACUGCAACCGCGGCCAGUGAAUCUCGAGUGAGCCAGAAACGUGAUGCCAAAGCACAACAGCUGUACAUAGCUGUAGAUCCCGAUGUUAUGGAAUACGUCACGUCUACAGGAUUCCAAGCUGAACUGAACAAUUCGCUGGCUGGAAAGAAGAGCGAAAUCACCUGGAAACCCAACAGCAAAAUGGCUGUAAUAGUGUACCGUGGGGAAGAUGACAGUGAUUUAUGGCAAUCUGAAUGUAUUGACCAAGUACAAAAUUAUCUCGGCAAGUUUGCGAAGUGCGAUGUGCAGGUCAACAAGGAUUUCUGGGAAGCCGUUGUAGCAAAAGUUCCCAGCAUUCGCAUCUGCUUAGGAGUUGAUCCCCCGCUGAUCAAGACUAUUCCUGAUUCAAAUAUUGCUAGGAUCGUUUCAUUAGGAACAAACGUGAAAAAUAACGAGGAUAAGGUGAAGUCAAAGUUGGAAGAAAUAUACCGCGAGGAGACCAGAAAAACUUACCUGAAGAAGAAAAUUCCAAAUGUUCCUAAGGAGCGCCUAAUUUUGCUGAAGAAGAUAAAAUUUGCCGAGAAACUCCAAGAAAAGAACAAGGAGCUGGAGAUCAAGAUUAAUACUGAAGGUGAAGAAAUAUAUUUCGAAGGUCCCCAGUCACAAUUCACUGAGGCAACCAUGAAGUUCUACAAACAAAUGGCUGACAUGGUUGAGAAGAAACUAACUUUAUCCGUCAGCAUCCUGAAGAUUUUAAACUCAGAUGAGGGGCUUCAGACUGUCAAAUGUGAGUUGGAAAGAAACAACGUGGAAGCAGUGUUCGUUAUUGAGAAAGACGCCACCAUAGUGGGAUCAUCAGCAGCGCAUGCAAACAACGCGGCGGGGCUCGUGAACAAGUUGACGGUGGAAGAGAAAGUUCAAGUGGACGAGAAAAGCAAGCAUUUAUUAAAGUCAUCUGAAUGGCUGAGGUUGUGUGGCGAGAUGAACCAAACGGCUGUCCGUGUCCGGAGGGACAACUGGAACGAUACAUACGUAGCUGGGUUUCGUGAUGACGUGACCGAAGUGAUAAAGAAGUUAAAUACCUUUCUUGAAAACAAUUGCAUCAGGGAGGGAAGGUUUGUGUGCACGUCUGAUAUUAUGCGAAGGUAUCUUCUUGAGCCACGUCAAGAAGAUCUACGCACCAUAGAGAAUCAACUAAAAGAUUUUGUAGUGAGUAUUAAAAAGGGAAAAGACAAUGAUGAUUUUGUCAUUUCUGGAAACAGAGAUGGUUUGAAACGUGUAGGAAAGAAGCUCGAUGCUCUGAUGGAUUCCACUGAGUUCAAAACCUUUGAAGUGAAACAGCCAGGCCUUCGAAAAUACUUUGACAGUGGAAAAGGAGAUCAGCUGGUGAAAAUGGUGGAAAAACAACAAGACUGUGCCAUAAAAGUCCAGAAAAGUUUAGGUCGAGGAGGAAAGGAAGAGGAGCUGCGCGUCGAAUCUGUUUUUGAAGCCUCUACUACUUCAGGCGACGGUGAAGAUGAUGCGGAGGAUGACCACGCUACCACUACUGGAACUGACUCGUCUACCCUGGUAAUAGCCCAAAGGUACAGAGUGUCGUGGAAACCUGGAAACAUAGCGGAAGAGAAGGCUGACGUACUUGUCAGUUCUCUAGGAGCAUGCCAUAAAGCAAUCAUUAACACCGGUGGCCCCAAGUCCAAAAUCCCCAACGUUGGUGACAUCACUGUCUCAGGUGGUUUUUCCUCGGUCAGUCACGUGAUUCUCGCUAACUGUUGUAAGUGGAACAACGGUGAAGGGGAGCCGACGCUAAGGGCCAUCGUUCAAAAGUGUCUGCAAACAGGCCAAACGCUUAGAGCGAACUCCAUUGCAUUUCCUGUCAUUGGGACUGGAAACCUGCGCUUCCCACGCGAUGCAGCCUCGAGAAUCAUGUUGGAUGAAACAGUCAAUUUCUGCAAAACCAACCUUGCUUCUAAUUUACGGGACAUCCGAUUUGUCGUGUUUAACCAAGAUCAAGCAUUAACUACCGCCUUCAAACAAGAGAUGGACAAACUACAGCCCAAGCAAACUAGCCUCCCUGCCAUCACGACUUUAACUAAAGGAAUACGUUCCUUCUUUGGAUGGAAGAAAACAGUGGGGACAUUGGGUGUAAGCAUUGAAGUCUUGCAGGGCGACUUGUGCCAGGAAACUACGGAUGCCAUAGUGAAUAUAACAAGUAAAGACUUGAAUAUGGACAGUGCUGGAAAGUUGAGCCAGACGGUGAAACAGCUAGCCGGGCCACAGGUUGAGACUGAGUUGAAGCAGUUCGGACAGCAAUCAGGUGGAACCGCAUUGAUCACCAGCAGUGGAAAUCUCCCUACGCAGAAAAUUAUUCACUUAAUUCCAGACACCAAUAAUAAAGACCACCUCCAGCAGUGUGUUGAAAGAUGUCUUCGGCUGGCAGAGACGCAUAGUCUUAGAUCCAUUUCGAUUCCCGCAGUUGGUACUGGUGCAUUCCAUGUUUCUGCAGUGGACUCGGCCGGCUUGAUAUUUAAGGCCCUGACAAACUUUAGUAGAAGCUUCCGUAGUGUCCGCAAGGUCAGGAUCGUAAUCUUCGAGUCUCCAAUGCUGUCGGCAUUUCAGCAAGAACAUCAGAGGCAUUCUUUUUCUCCACAAGUAGGUGUGGCUCAGCGCAUAACCUUAACUAGCCCGUUCAGUAUCGAGGUGAUAAAUGGUGAUUUGACGCAGGAGAACAGCACUGAUGCUAUCAUGAAUAUCAACAGCACGGACAUGAACAUGAAUAAUGCCGGAGACCUAAGCAAAGCCAUAGCAAGACGGAGUGGUCGACUUGUGCAACAAGAAUGCAACCAAUUGGGAAAGCAGCCUCCUGGAACAGCGAAAAUGACCAGCGGAGGUAAUUUACGAGUGCCUCAUAUUAUUCACAUAAUUCCAGGCUCCUCAGAUAAGCACCAUCUCCAGCAAUGUUUGGAGGAGGGUCUUCGCGUUGCGGAUGCCAAUAAUCUUCAAGCAAUCUCAAUUCCGUGUGUUGGCACAGGAGGAUACGGCUUGACCGCAGCGGACUCAGCCCAACUGACGUUCAAAGCACUAAACGCAUUCGUUUCCCGCUGUAAAAAUAUUAAAAAAGUAAGAGUGGUCGUGCUCCAGGCCCCUAUGAUGCAGGAGUUUCUACAAGAGCAGAAAAAACAACUGGUGCGAGGUAUUGAAGAAGACAGUGACUCAGAGGAUGCAGUAGUUAAGCAAACCCGAAGACGCGGACGUAGGCAGGCACCAGGCCAAAGUAAUGAACAUUCUGUAAUAAUUUCUGUGAUCGGCAAAGACAAGGUGAGCGUGGGAAAAGCCGUGGAAUCUUUGAAGAAAGGUUUCUCUGACGCCUGUACAACGGAAAAAGUCGAAAAUGAAACGGUCAGUCAGCUUUCCGAUAAGCAGAAAGAUAUCCUGAGAAAAAAGGCUAAAGACCGUGACGUCAAACUUGAAAUUGAGGAUGACUUUAAUCGCAUUGUCGUUCGUGGUGGACCAACCGAAGUUUCUGGAAUAGUCGGGGAGAUCUGGAAAGAGAUCAACGAGAGGACGAAGAAGAAGAAGGACGAAGAACAAGCGAAGUUGGUUUCAAAGAACUUAGAGUGGAGCUAUGAAAUACAAGGCAUACAAAUGGCGUUUGCUCCGAAAGCAAAUGCCAAGAUUGAGUUGGCCCACAGCAAAGACGAGCACACAGUGCAAGUUUCUCUAAGAGGAGACAAGUUUGUUAUCGACUUGAAGAGAAACUCUGGACGUGGACAAACAUUUGGUGAACAAAUAACACUGACAAGAAAGGUGAAGGGUGCUGAUGAAGGAAUUGCUCUGCCAAAGCACUGGACACCAAUGCCCAGCCAUGACUCCACUGUACAUAAAGUACCGCUGCACCCAAGCUCCCCUGAGUAUCAAGAUGUGGUACGUAAGUUUCAAGCUACAGUCGGUGCGUUAAAUAUUCAGAGGAUUGAACGCGUACAGAAUCCUCAUCUGUAUCAGUCUUACCUGGUACGAAAACAGAAAAUGGAUAAAGAUACUGGAAGAAAUAGUGAAAGACAGCUGUUUCAUGGAACUGAUGCUAAAAAUAUCAACCAUAUCAACACACAAGGAUUCAACAGGAGCUUCUCAGGGUUUUCACAUGGCACGGCUUAUGGACGUGGUGUUUAUUUUGCUAGAGACGCUCAAUACUCUGUUGGAUACGCUGGGGGUGGUGGUUAUGGAGGGCGCCACAUGUAUCUUGCCAAGGUUCUCGUAGGGCAGUAUUGUGUUGGAAAUCCUUCAAUGAAGGUGCCUCCACCAAAAAACCCAUCAAAACCUGAAAUUCUUUACGAUUCUGUGGUAAAUAAUCAAUCAAGCCCCAGCAUCUUUGUUGUUUUCUUUGAUAAUCAGUGUUACCCUGAAUACCUUAUAACCUUUUGAAGACCACAUGGACCUUUUACUUAGAAAACAGCAGAGUUAAAGGCCGAAAAAGCUUGAAAUGCUUUAUAGUUCAACUUAGUUUAUCAGCUAUAUGAAUUGCAGAAAAUCGUUCUCCUUCACAGUGUAGGGAACAUCAUAUAAAUGUUGGUUAUAGU